AUGGCCCUUGAGCCUGGCUCUGGCCGUCGGUCUGUCUCCCCAGAGAGCUCAGGCCGCGAGUCUCCUCUUCCUCGUCAAUGGAGAAACCAGCUCGGAGCUGAGGAAGCACCGACCAAGGACAAGCAUUACCGCAAAUACGCCUCUGGUGUUGAAAGGGCCCUUACUCUGUUUGAAACGGCCUUACAGGAAUGGGCUGACUACAUUUCCUUCCUGAAUCGCCUCCUCAAGGCACUGCAAGCCCGACACCCGUCGGUCACGACUAUCCCUUCGAAAGCCAUCGUCGCGAAACGCCUGUCGCAAUGUCUCAACCCCUCCCUCCCGUCCGGCGUGCACCAAAAAGCACUCGAAGUCUACAGCUACAUAUUCGCAACCAUAGGCACUGAUGGGCUAUCCAAAGAUUUACCAUUGUACUUCCCUGGCCUGGCGUCGACUCUUUCGUUUGCCUCUCUAUCCGUCCGAUCCCCCUUUCUCGACAUUCUUGAACGCCACUUUUUAGACAUAGACCCCCGGUCUCUUCGGCCAGCCAUGAAAUCAGUUGUUCUGGCCCUUUUACCUGGCCUCGAGGACGAAACUAGCGAGGACUUUGAACGAACGUUGCGAUUGAUGGAGAGCUUCAAGACCGCGAUCCGACCCGCAGGCAGCGACGAAUUGGAUGGACCACAUUCAUCAGGAGAUGACUUUUUCUGGCAAUGCUUCUUCUUGGCCUCUAUCACAGGAUCAAGUCGGAGAGCUGGGGCGCUAGCAUACCUUGUGAGGAACCUGCCCAAAUUAGGCGAAACCUCUUUACCAGGGAAACCAGGCAAGAAUGGCGUCCAGGAAGACGAGCAUUCGGCAAAACUCGCACACAUGGUCACCUCUCCAGAACCUGGAUUGCUUUUACGUUGCUUUGCUGCUGGGCUUGCAGACGAGCAACUCCUCAUCCAGCGAGGAUUCCUAGAUCUCUUGGUCACCCACCUUCCCUUGCACUCCAAGGUGUUGCAGACGAAUGUCAAACCAGGCGACUUGGAGCUUCUUUUGCGUGCGGCGGCUGGUGUUGUCAUCCGGAGAGAUAUGAGUCUUAACCGAAGGCUUUGGGCAUGGUUCCUAGGCCCGGACCCUGGACCCGGGGAAAGUGAGAGCGGUAUCGAGUCUCCAUCUUCCACGGACCAUCAUAACUCCUACUUUGCGUCUAAGACGAGUUACUUUGAAGACCAUGGGCUCCAGCCUUUAACCAGGGCGCUAUUGAGCAUGAUCAAUGUCGACCGCGAUUCGAGCCCAGCAGAGAGAGCGAGACCUUACAGAAUAUGCUUGUCGCUCAUGGAUCGAUGGGAAAUUGGCGGGCUGGUAGUUCCUGAGGUUUUCCUUCCGAUUGUCAACAGCGUCCGGCAGUACAGAGACCAUGCACCCAGCAAAGCUGACUUCAACGAAGUCUUCCGCAGCGCCAGCGUUUUCUUCGAUGGUGUCGAGAGCGGUCUGAUUUACGGCGAGAUUGUCAGUCUCUUAGCGCAGGCUAUAGGACCAGGAAACCUUGCAGAAAAAGAACGGCUCGACAAGUUGGAUUUGGUCAAUUUCAUCCUGGCAAACUUCAAUGUCCGCGAGGAGGAAAUGAUCACUAUUCAUGCGCCUCUUACAGCUCUCUCGAUUAUCUGCAUGCUAGAGGACACGAGAGAAAGACAGCAGAACUCUCCCAUAAAGUCGUCGCAAAAGACUGCCGACGAGGCAUUGCACAUUGCUCUAGCUGUGUUGGACCUUAUUCCGGAUCGAGCCUUCCCGUCUUCAGAUGGCAGCAAGUCCAAGAGGACAAUGGAGGCUGGUGUUCUGGCCUCACUUCCUGCCGUCGAACUUUUGAAACGAAUCAAGGCAUUCUAUAUCAACGAGCAAGGAAAUCUCGAUGCCGUCCAUGUUCCACUCUCGCCUAUCGAGGUUGGAGAAUUGCUGUUGCAAAAGUCCGGCUUGCUGGUCUGCGAAGGAUUGAAGAACCCCGAAGCAGGGUCCGAACUAGGCGCCAAAGGGAGGAUUCUGACCGCCCUACUACUCAAAGUGCCGACUACGUACCAGCUUGACACGACGUCCCUCCUCUCUUGUCUUCACGAGCGUUUGAAUCACACAAGCACAUUAUCUUUCACCUCCUUCAACUCAAUUCUGUACCUCUCCGCCCAUCUUUACUCUGCAGAGCGCAUAGAGGUGCCAAACCUAACCGAACUUGUCACGCCACUCGUCCAACAAGCUUGGGAGUUUCUGUCAGCUUCAGAACCAAAGUACCACGUCGAGACUGUUAGAUCAUUGUGGCAGCUUCAGACUGCUCUCACAUCACAUAAUCGAGAUAUAGAGGCUGCCUUGGCCAGCCUCAUUAUCGAGAAUGACGUUCAGGGGUCCUUCGCAUCACGUCCCGCCGAUGCUGGCCGCAGGUUCAGCGUGCUUUGGUCUCAUACGUUGCAGGAUUCCAGUGCUGAAAGGCGAGGUUCAAAAACACCCAUGACCGAGAAGCCUCCACAGAUCCGGCUGGCUGGGUCAGAGAACUACGAUGUCAUGUUGACGCGACCUCUCUUUCUCAUGCUCGAUGCCCUUUUGGAUGAACGAACCCAGUUGUUCAUGACUGUCAAGGGAUGGCUGAAUAGUUUGGUUGGUAUCGAUAAACUCUUCUUGCUUUUCGUGAGGAAGUUUUCUGCAUUAAAAUCCCUUAGAGCGAGUAACGAAAUUGGAUCGGCAUCAACUUCGACCAAUUCAACGACGUUCACGGCUGAAGACGAUCUGGAUCUUUGCCUUUACUACCUGAGAACUCUGUCGAAUGUUUUCCGAUGGGCGCCAGACGUGAUCUGGGCUGUUUUGGCUUCUACAACGAUCACCGUGGAUGGCGGGCAUCCGGAUGUCGCGCAGAUGACUGGUCAUGAAGGUGACAUCUCAAUGCAAGAGGUAUUCAUCCACGUUUGUCUACGGUGCAUCGCUGGCAACAACGAACCUGCAGACGAAACCAUCCGAGUCCGAGCAACUCAACUUCAUCGCUAUGCCUUGACCGUCAUGCACCAAAUUCUCCUGAACCCCUAUGCGGAACCCCUGGGAAGCCUCCAUCUCGAGAAUGUUCUCAUCGAGCGUCUCCUCCAAUCGCUCGCUGGACCCGACCCCUAUGUUCAGGUUCUUCUGCUGGACGUCGUGUUCGAUGCACUGAAACUCCGAGACAUCAUCAUUUCCGAUGUACCUGCUUCUCCGUCAUCGGAGAAGAGAAAGCUGAGUCUUGAACCGAGCAAGAGCCUUAGAGUAUCGACACAGUCAGAGGCCAAGCCGACGUCACCGCCUCCCAACUUGCUCAAGUGUCUCCAGGCUGGCUUAAGCUCUCCCAGCAGUCGCAGUGUUCUCGACAGUUGGGUCAGCUUCUUGACGGAAUGCUUACCGUUCUACUCCGACACCAUCUUCCAGGUUCUCAUUCCUCUUGUGGAGACUUUAUGUAGACAAGUCUCCAACACUUUCAGUGACUUACAAUCCAUAUUCCGAGACAACGGCAAUUCAAAGAAGGAUGACCGGAAUGCGCCAGAGUCUACACUGAUCUCGUUACUCAACGCUUUGGAGCAAGUACUGGCCCGGGCACACGAGCGACUUCUGAUUGAAGAGGCCAGAACGCAAGUUGUGAAGGGUCCGGAUCAGCAGCCAUCGGGAUUCUUUGGCACCAUGGUAUCCGGUGUCUUCACCUCGGAUGCCCCACAAGCGCGGAGUGCCACCGCAAAUGAUAGACUCACGGUGCACCUUGCGUUCGCAGAUGCUGUUCGCAUUUGCUUCACAAUUUGGUCCUGGGGCCAAGGGGGCGAUAUCAAUGCUCAGGACUUGACAUCUGUUUCGUCUUUCAACUACACAUCUCUUCGAAUGAGAAACCGGGCAAGACGACUGCUAGAGCACCUUUUCACAGCAGAGACCUUGGAGUGUCUCGAGACAGUCAUCGAAAUCUGGCGGGGCUCUAUCAAUAUCACAACACCUGUACCGCAAUCCGAAGUAUUCAACCUCUUACCAGCGUUGGAUGGUUCACGACCAAAGCACACUAUCCCUGCCAUCUUCAAUGCUAUUUACAGCAGAACGAACCCCGGGGCAUUGGACGCUUCAAGAAAAUCAACGUUGACAACAUCUCUCCAAGACAUUGACCUUGUCACAUUCUUGGUUGAAUAUGCCCGCUCGCUGGAGGACGACGCAAUGGACGAGAUUUGGCUCGACUGCAUGGCGUUCCUGCGUGAUCUGCUCACAAAUCCUUUCCCACACAGACAGACACUACCAAGUCUGUUGGAGUUCGCGGCUAUCCUGGGCGAAAAGGUCGACAACACCAAUUUCGGGGAGCAGCGGAAGAUGAGACGCGAGCUUGGGGAUCUAUUCCUCCGGCUCCUAACGGCGAUCUUCACAACCAAGCCCCUGACGUUCUCAGAUACGGCCCCAAACGACAAGUCAGAAAAGAACCGCGACGGUGUUCGCCGCGCCCCCACGAUUGUGCUGGUCAGUGUCCUCGAUAGAGCCGAGGAUGUGAUCGCAAUCUUGGCCUCAAUCGUGCCGAACCUUCCCAAGAUCCUAGUCGAAACGGACCGUGUGCUGUCCGCAGCCGGUACAAUUUCAACAAAUGUCAUCAAUCCAGCUUUCAGAGCGAAGGCAUUCCCUGAUACUGUGUCCAAGAACACACUUGUCUUACUACAAGAACUGUCCAGGCUACCCAAUAACCAAAAAACGUGGAAGAAGGACGUUGGAGACGCGUUCAACGAUGCUCGGUUCUUCAGCUCAAGCAUUGAGCUCGUCCGAAGCGACUGGUUGCCGUUGCUUAGACAAUGGACCGUCAGUGACAAGGAACGUAUGCCUGAGCUGCUGACCCGCAUGACUCCGCCCACCACGGCCGGCAUCGUGUUUGGUGUUGGUGCCACUUCCGCUCGAUUGGAGGCAGAUCGGAAGACGCAGCUCAACCUUCGUCGCACUGCGUCGCUAGUCCUCGCAGCUACGGAGGACGCAUUUGUCACAGAGCUUCCCAUCAUCACUGACAAAGUAGUGGAGCUUCUCGGCGCCACGGCGACGUCCUCGCCUUCCUCUACAACAAGAGCGGAGAUCUUCAUGCUUGUCCGCGCACUUGUGCUGAAGACCAGUGCUAUCCACCUGGCUAUGCUAUGGCCGAUUAUCAACGCCGAACUUCAUGCAGCCAUCGCGUCUGUCGUGGCUGCCGAUCACAGCACCGCAUCUGAUACCUACAACAACAUCUCUAUCCUACAAGCCUGCAAGUUGCUAGACCUGCUCAUUUGCGUUGCGCCGGAUGACUUCCAGCUUCAUGAGUGGCUCUUCGUCACGGACACCAUUGACGCUGUGUAUCGAUCCAGCAACUAUCAGCCUGUUGCACUUGUCGAUGAGCUUGCAGAGGAGCUUGGCACUAUGGGUGUCAGCUCUUCGCUGGGUAGCAACCCUGCGGCGCACUUGGCCACGAGCAGCUCCCAUAGACGACCACUGCUUGGACCUGGCGGCAUCAAUGAUGAAGUGAGCAUUGAUAGAAAGGACGAGCUCGUGGGCAAGAUCCUACGGCCGUUCUUUGGGCAGCUCAGUAUCUACGCUUUCGAGUCGACGUACGCGAUGGCGCCACUAGACCGGGAGUUUUGUGUUCAGGGGGUAUUGAAGGAUUUGUUCGAUGAACGUAGCGUUGUCAAGGCGUUGUAA